AUGGUCGCCACUUCGCCGCUUGCACUGCUCCGGCGCUCGUCGCCGGCCUGCGGCGAAAAGGGCCCCCGCGGCCCCGGCGCCGAGCACGCCGCCUCUGCCGCCCCCUACCACGGCCUGGAGAAGAGCCAUCAUCACCACCUUGAUGGACAGCAUAGCCGCGGCCGGUACGGCUUUCUCGCCGAGCGAAAAGCGUCCGAGACAGGCCUCCAGCCGCGUCUCCUCCGCGCCGCCGACGUCCCGGGCUGGUAUGCCGCCAAUGGCCACAUUCUCACAGGCUACCGCGCGGUGCGGCCCUCGACGGCCGCCUGCAUCGCGAGCCUGACGUCGCUGCACAAUGAAACGGCCAACAUCUGGAGCCAUCUGGUGCCCGCCCUCGUCGCCCUGGCUGGGAACUACCUCGUCUGGGCCUAUUUCGACACACGGUUCCCCGACGCGUCAUGGCCCGACAGAGCCGUCUUCCACGUCUUUCUGACGGGCAGUGUCGUUUGUUUCGGCGUCUCCGCCGCGUACCAUGCCAUGUUGUGCCACUCGCAGGCCAUGCAUGAUUUGUGGCUGCGCAUGGACUAUCUGGCGAUAGUCGUGCAGAUCUUGGGAAGUUUCCUCUCCGGCAUCUACAUGGGCUUCUACUGCGAAACCCGUCUGAGAGGCGUGUACUGGACCAUGAUUGGCAUCCUGAGCCUCCUGACCUGCAUCGUUGUGCUUCAUCCACGCCUGCAGAGCAAAGAGCACCGCAUCCUUCGCCUCGGCACAUUUGUCGCAACAGGCCUGUCGGGGUUCGCGCCCAUCAUACACGCUGCCACCAUGUUUCCCUACGCGCAGCUGGACAAGCAGGCAGGCAUCCGCUAUUAUUAUCUUGAAGGUGUCUUCCUCCUCGUCGGCGCCUAUGCCUAUGCUUGCAGUAAAUGA